AUGCCAGCAGUCACGACCGACGGGCCAACGGUCGCCCUAUCCUUUGCGAACAACUUCUGGGGCAAAGAUGACGCCGGCGUCGGACCUAUGUUCGAGCGCAUGCAUGCUGCGAAACAGACAUGCGAUGAGCUACGAUCAUUCUACAACUCACGAGCAUCAAUCGAAGAUGAAUACUCUCGGAAGCUGCUGUCGCUCUGCCGCAAAUCCCUUGGAUCCCAGGAGAUGGGUACCCUCAAAACGUCACUCGAUACUGUAAGGGGCGAGGUGGAAGCGAUGGCCAAGCAGCAUCAGAAUAUCGCUGCUCAGAUGAAGAGUGAGCUUGAGGAACCGUUAGCUGCCUUCGCUGGCGGCAUGAAAGAGCGACGCAAGAUUGUCCAAAACACCAUUGAGAAGCUGCUCAAAGUCAAAGUUCAACAGACCCAACAAGUGAACAAGACUCGGGAUCGCUACGAACAGGAGUGCUUGAAAAUUAAGGGCUACCUUGCACAAGGACACAUGGUUAUGGGUCAAGAAGAGCGAAAGAAUAAGGCAAAGCUCGAGAAGACCCAGAUUAGCCUUGCAACGUCAAAUACCGAGUACGAAAAUGCCGUAAAGGCCCUGGAAGAGACGACUGCUCGCUGGAAUAGAGAGUGGAAGGCUGCCGCCGACAAGUUCCAAGAUCUUGAGGAGGAGCGACUGGACUUCACGAAGAGUAGCCUGUGGACUUUCGCUAAUAUCGCAUCGACUGUGUGCGUUAGCGACGACGCAUCAUGCGAGAAGAUCCGCCUAUCUCUGGAGAAAAUGGAGGUCGAGAGAGACAUUGUCAACUUCAUCAAGGAAAGGGGAACAGGACAGGAAAUCCCAGACCCUCCUAAAUACAUCAACUUCUGUCGAGGCGAUGUUGAUUCCCAGUCAGAGGCUUCAGAGGAUGAGAAUUACUCUGUGGCUCAAUUCCCUAGAAGCAUUAAUCCUGCCUUCCGGUCAUCUUCUCCACAGCCGUCUACCUACGAGUCACACCAUGAUCCUGCUUCGGCUCUAGCUCGAGACCUUGGUCACGGUGACCCCGGCACACCUCCCAGCCGGGAACAAACAAUGACGCCUCAGAAGAUGCCACUGCCGGUUAUGCAGCCUCAGGAGCGAUCUCGACAGAUGCCACCCGAUGGAUAUCAGAUGCCGGUCUCGCAAGGCAGGCCACCAUAUGAUCCCAACGAGUUUGCUGCCGUGCCUCACGAUCCCUACCCUAUGGAUGGAAUGACAAUGCUUUGUCGCACCCGACCAACUUCUGACUUGAGCUCCCAACUCAGUUCUCAGUCUGGGUCCCAGCGACCUGUCAGCCGUGAUGAGAAUAGCGACUAUUCCAAUCCCACCUCGUUCUCUAGUCAAGAACCACCAAGCGGGAUGGUAUCUCCUGUAAAGCAGGAGCCUAUUGCGCCUCCCGUCGCAGAAAAGAAGGUGUUGAAGAAAAAGAGCGGUUUCUUCCAGAAUCACAGCCCAUUCAGGCGCAAGAGCACCAAAGAGGUUGCACCGAACAACCGAAACACAUGGCAUCUUGGAGGAUCUAACUCAAGCCGUCCCCAAUUGUAUACUGGCGAUGCUCAGAAUCUGCUGCAGGAACGGACUGCCAGCCCUGAUCCUAUCGAUGCAAAUGCCAGCUUGGCACUCAAUGUCGGGAACAACGUAUUUCCUGUGACGACCCCCGGCAGAGACAAGAAAGCUCCCGCCAACGAGCCAGCAGCUCCGGAUGAUGAUCCCAUUGCACUAGCGCUUGCAGAGCUCAAAGGUGUCACUGUAGGCAAGCAAUCAUCCGUGAGAGUUUCGGCAGACCAUUAUCAUGGUAUCGCGACACCAGCGCCAGGCGCGCAAUCGUUCUCUCGCUCUGUCCCGCCCAGGGGCAGUAGUGCAGUUGCAGCAGCACAGCGAGGUACACCACCUCCAUCCUAUGACCAGCAAGUGCAGGUUCAGCGUUUGGGUGUGCCAUCGCCAGCAGUCACCUCCAAAGCAAUGAAGCAGACAUCACAGAAAUACACUCAGCAGACGAGAAACAUGUUCGGUGCCGAGCGACCAGGAUCAGCCCGUGCAUUGUAUGUAUACCAAGCUGCAAUUCCAGAAGAGCUCGGCUUUGCAAAGGGUGACGUUCUCGCCGUCCUCCGUCAUCAGGACGAUGGAUGGUGGGAGGCCCAAAUUCACGGAGGAAACGGACACAUUGGGCUGGUCCCCAGCAACUAUCUCCAAGCUUGUUGA